AUGACCCCGGAGAAAGGCCCCGGAAGACGGACCCGUGAGAUACCCCCGGAGGCCGGUCCAAGGACAUCACUUACAAGGACAUCCACUAGUCCUUCUCCAAAGCCAAAAUUUGCAUGCCAGUUUUCUCCAUCCUUACAGUUGGAAGACUCUCAACCCGUGGAAGAUUUUUCAGUCACUUUCAUGCAGAAGUUUAAUGAUAAACUCGUUAGAGAAUCAUGGUCCACAGAGCAACGAACAACUAACUUCUUGUUCCAUCCUACACACAUGAUGGAUGAUGCUGACUUUGGUGACUGCUGUCUCCGUCUUCUUCUAAUGCCAUAUGCUCUCAUUACAAAUUCUUUGUUUCUCCUGCAGGUGCUCUUGGUCUGCCUCGCCUCCCUGGCUCUCGCCCUCCCUCAGGGAGAUCCUCGCGACGUCGAAGCUGUCAUCGUAAAUGACGUCAGAAGCGACAACGGCGAUGGAAACUUCAAUCACGAGUUUGAAACUAGCAACGGAAUCUACUCGCAAAACACCGGCACCCCGGGAUCAGAAGGACAGAGCAACAUGCAGGGCUCCUUCAGGUUCACUCUUCCCGACGGCACCAUCGCUGAGGUCCGCUUCAUCGCCAACGAGAACGGAUACCAGCCCCAGUCCGACAUCUUCCCCAAUCCUCACCCACUUCCCCCCCAUGCCGUCGAGCAGAUCCGCGUCGCCGAGGAGCAGCGCCGUCAAGGCAUUACUUUCGACAAAUAAAUACGAGAUCGACCUUCUCCUCGACUUUUGCUGCUGAUUUCCCCUGUAUAUGGUAAACUCGUGGCGACAGGCUAAAAAAUUUUGGGUAUUCUCCAUCACAUCCACUCCU